AGCAAAAUGGCCGAUCGUCAACCGACUGACUUCACAGCGCUUUGAAAUGUACAUUCUUCUGCACAUUAGGUUUACAUUAUAACAACGCUAGUACUUAUUUACAAAAAAGGAUUAAGCUUAUACGUAGUCUAGUUCACUAUCCGCCACUUACUUGAUGUAUCUGCUCAGGCGUGGCUGAUCUUGUAGCCGCGACGAAUGCCUCAAAAAGCUAAGAAAAAAAUCGCACUGAAGCACUUUAGCCAGCUAGCUAGCACGCUAGCUGAUCUUCAUAUGUGAUUCCUGUGAAAGGGAUAUCAGGACAGGAGGUCGUAGUUCAUGGAAGACAAGAAAAGGAAGAAAGACGACAAAAGGAAAAGGGAAACCUCUCAGAAGGUUGCAGAGCAAAAAAACAAAGUGUCAGACGUGAACAAGCCGGUGUCGUCGCAGCCUCCGGCCGCCCCGAGCAGCUCUGCCUCCCCCAGCCCUGGAUCCACCCCCUCGGCCUCGCCCUCCCCAGCUGCCCCGAGUCCUGGCAGCGCCACCGCCCCGGCCCAGGCCGCCAACAAUGCCAAGCGCCCGGUGGUGGCCAACGGACAGCCCCCCUCCUCUGCCGGUGCCCCUGGGCCCCCUGGGAACGCCGGGGCCGCAGCCCCGCAGCAGCAGCAGCGCUACAUGCCGCGAGAGGUGCCACCUCGAUUCCGCUGCCAACAGGACCACAAAGUGCUACUGAAGAGGGGCCAGCCGCCACUGUCCUCCAUGCUGCUGGGGGGAGGAGGAGGUGGAGGUGGAGGAGGAGGAGGAGGAGGAGGAGGAGGUGGUGGUGGUGGUGUGGGAGUUGGUGGUGGUGAAGGCCCCAAUGCAAACAUGGCUGCUGCUUCAGAUUCCAGUGCAGCUGCAGUGUCUCUGUCCCUCAACUCAUCAGUCGCUGCUUCAACUACUACUUCUAAUUAUGCAAAUUCUAUGUGGGGGACAGGCUCUGGAAGCCAGACCUCCGCUCAGGGCAGGGUGAUUGUGGACGGGAACAACCUGGAAGAGUGGCCCAGCAUCGCCAGCGGUGACGGCGGCGGCGGAGGCGGCGGCGGCGGGGGAUCCUCGGCCGGCCUGUCUGUCGGCGGCGGCGGCAACAACAACAACAACAACGGAAUGCUUGUGAAAAGCAGCAUCAGUGCCUCUGGUAGCCAGCCCCCACCCAGCUCCUCGUUCCCUUUGCCCAAUGAAUGUAUGCAGUCGUCCGGCGGUGUGGCGUGGGGGUCGGCUGCCCCCCAGGGUCCGCUGGGAGGAGGUGCUCCGGUGGCGGCUGGGGGGCCUCUGCUGCAACCGCCUUCCUCUCUUUCCAAAGCCCCCGCUGCACCAGGGAGCCAUGACGCCGCCGGCCCCCUAGAGGGCAGCAGUGGGAUUCCAGGUGCCAACUUCAACCCAAAUGCCAACCCUUCGGCCUGGCCUGCCUUGGUGCAGCAGGACGGCACCCCCGCCGCGGGGGAAGGGGGGCAGUCUUCCCUCAAUCACCCAGGUCCCAGUGGGUCUCUGUCUGCCAACAGCACCGCCCCCCUCGGCCCCGGGCUGGGGCCGGGCGGCGUGGUCGGGGUGCUGGGGGGUCACCCACCUUUAUCUGUGAAUCAAUCAAACGCCCAUCAGCACCAACUUCACCAAAUGCAAUCCAGAGACAGAGAGACGGGUGGGGGGGGGAAGUGGGAGGGUGGAUCAGUAGGACCAAAAAUGGCCGCCGGGGAGCGGGCGGGCGGUGUGGACUGUGAGGCGGGCGGGGCGGGGCUCGGCGGCAGGGGAGACCCCGGCCUCGCCUCCUCGUGGAGGGGCCAGCCUCCUUACCCCGCCGCCGUCUCCAAAACGGGUGCCUCAAGGACUGACGAGUGGGAGGGCGGCGGCGGAGGAGGAGGAGGAGGGGCCUUCGGGGCCGCCGACGGGGACAACGGCACCUCGGGGUGGGGGUUCCAGGGUUCCGCGAGCGGGGCCGGCGCGUGGGGCGCGGCCGGCAGCGGGGGGGAGAGCAGCAGCAGCAGCAGCAGCGUGCAAGCCUCUGCGGCAUCUCAGGGAGGGUGGGGCUCGAGUGGCGCCGCGGCCGGAGAGAGGGCGGUGGCGGCGGGCGGCGACUGGGGCGGCGGCGGGUGGCGGGCUCUGCUGCUGUGGGUCGGAGCCAAUCCAGGGGGGGAGGGGCAGGGCGGAGCCUGCGGCAGUAAUGGCAGCAGUAGCGGGAGCAGCGCCGGAGGGGCCCCGCCCCCCACCUCGGCCUGCUCCCCCACGGCGCCCGCCAUGAGCAGAGCUUGGGACAAUCAGAGGGGGGAGGCCGGCGAGACCGGGGACUGGGGAGGGGGCCAGGGGGGGCGGGGGGGGUCCUCGUCGAGUGGCGGGAAUUCCAGGAGCGGGAGUGGACCUCACGGCGGCCACUCGCGGGCCCACCGCCCGGCACCAAACGCUGAGGCUGCCUUACAGAACCUGCUCAGCCGCUCGGACCUGGACCCCCGGGUGCUGUCCAACACGGGCUGGGGCCAGACGCAGAUCCGGCAGAACACGUCCUGGGACCUCGACGCGGAGGGGAAACGGAGCAGCAGAAGCGGCUCCUCGUCCUCGUCGUCAUCCAAACACCAACAAUCCAGUAUAAGUUCUUCGUCGUCUUCUCAGUAUUCUGCUGGGCCGGGGGCCGUGGCCGCGGACUCGAUGGGCCCCGGGGUCAACCCGUCUGCGGGCUCCUCGGGGGAGGGCUGGGAGAGCAGCAACAGUAGCAGUAGCGGAGCCUCGGCGUCCGGGAGGGGGCAACCGCCCCCCCCAGGCCCACACAUGAGGAAUCCCGGCGUCUCACAAUCUAGCGCCAUGAGCGCGCCCAUGGGAGCGGGGGGGAUGGGGAGCAUGCAUAGCCAGCAGGGGAAGCCCACAGGCUGGGGGGGUGGUGGUGGCGGGAGAGGCAUGGGGGCCGGGGAAGGCCAAGGAGCCAAAGGUUGGGGAAAUGAGGAGUGGAGAGGCAAUAGAGGCGGCGGAGGUGGAGGAGGCGGAGGUGGAGGAGGUGGUGGUGGUGGUGGUUGGGGUGAUCAGGGUCAACAGGGUACCCCUGCCAGUGGAGGCUGGGGUGAGAGCCAGGAGGAGAAAGGCGGAGGCUGGAGGGAGAUGGGUAGGGACGGAGAAGGAGGAAGAGGCGGUGGCGGUGGCGGUGGGUGGGGUUCAGGGCAGAGGGGUGGGGGUGGUGGAGGAGGUGAGGAAUGGGGAGAGCCCAAAUCUAACAGUGGCGGUGGAGGCGGCGGCGGAUGGGGGGAGGAAAGGAAGGACAUUGGAGGAGGCGGCACUGGAGGAGGAGGAGGAGGAGGGGGAGGAGGGCGAGUAUCAGGAUCAGGCGGGGAUUCAGAUGUAGGAACAUGGGGGAGCUGGGACGAGGCUGGCCCCCGUAGAACCUGGGGGGGGGGUGGUGGAGGUGGAGGAGACGCGGGGCCCAACAAGCCCCACCAAAGCUGGAGUGGAGGGAACGUGGGAGGAAACAAAAUGCACCAGAUGCCAAACAGCCAGUCGGGCGCCAUCAAGGGCCCGGCGGCACCACUGCAACAGCAACAAUCACAGCCGCGCAAUCAGCAGCAGCAGCAGCCGCCGCCGCCGCAGCACGCUCUGGACCAGGGGGCUAUGCAAGGAGGCUGGGGGCGACAGCCUGCCUCCCAAGCCCAGAAUCAGAACCAAAGCUCAGGCUGGACCUCGGGGCCCAUGCCCAGUGGCCCCGCUGGAGGUGGAGAAAGAGGAGGAGGAGGAGGAGUUGGUGGAGGCUCGGAGCCCAGUGGCUGGGAGGAGCCUUCGCCGCAGUCCAUCAGCAGGAAGAACGAGAUCGACGACGGCACGUCAGCGUGGGGAGAUCCGACCAAUUACAAUUACAAGCCGGUCAACCUGUGGGAUAAGAACAGUGCACCUGCGGGCCAACCGCCGCCACCAGCGGCACACGGCACGGGGCCUGGCCCAGCUCAGGCCCAGCAGCAGCAACAACUUCAACAGCAGCAGCAGCAGCAGCAACAACAGCAACAACAACAACAACAACAACAUCAACAGCAGCAGCCACCGCAGCAGGGACCUCCAGUACAGCAGCAGCCCGCUAGACAAGCUGCAGCGCCGGCUGGGAAUAGGGACAUGAACCCUGGUCACGGGUCCGGGAAAGUUACAAAUAUCGGUCCGUCCGGCUGGGGGAGCACGUCACCCAACAGCCCCCCUGUGGACAACGGUACGGCUGCCUGGGGGAAGACCACAGAGGCCCCGGCUACCUGGGGUGACCCUGGGGAGACGGCAGCCAAGACUUCGGGCUGGGGAAACCCCUCUGCCAACCCCGUCAAACCUGGUGUAAAGUCUAUGCAAGAUGGAUGGGGGGAAGGAGAGAGCUCUGUGGCGGCCACCAGACACUCCAGUUGGGAGGAUGAGGAAGAUGGUGGACGUGGCGGCGGGGGUGGUGGUGGUGGUGGUGGUGGUGGUGGAGGAGGAGGUGGAGGGGGUAUGUGGGACAACACCGGCUCCCAGGGAAGCGGCUCCUCCUGGGGCCAGGGAAGCAACGGUGGCUGGGGCCAGGGUCACGCCCCCAAGAAACCCAGCAACAAGGGGCCAAUGAAGGGGCCAGGCGACUCCUGGAUGAACCCCAUCAACAGACAGUUCUCCAACAUGGGGUUGCUGGGGGAGGACCCCAGCGGCCGCAACAUGGACCUCGCCCCCGGGCCCGGCCCGGACAAGAAGAUGGAGGCGGAGAAGCGGGCCAUGGGCAUGAGCGACUACAACGGGGACAUGCGGAAAGGCGGGCGCGGAGGGCCCAUAUCCUACCGGUCGCCCGGCCCCAAGGACGUGGGGCCCUCAGAUCCCGGAUCCUACUACGACAAGGACGGUUACCUUGGGGACGAGGGUCAUGGCUCUCUAUACUCUCCGCCCACUGUCUUCAAGUCCCACCCCCUCUACAACCACACUAUCCCCCUUAGACAAGGCAGUCACAACAUGUUUGGCCUUGCCGGAGGGGGCGUGGCCCAGUCCAGGCACCAACCCAGCGUGCCGCCCAUUAACCCUUCCCCAGGGAUACGAGCGCAAGUGCCUCAUCAGUUCCUGUCACCACAGGUGCCAGGCUCUAUGCUGAAGCAAAUGCCGCCUCCCAGCGGGGUUGUAGGAGGUGUUUCGGGGGCCGGGGGAGGCGUGUUCCCCCCUCAGCUGUCCCCCCAGCAGAUUGCCAUGCUCAGCAGCAUCUACCCCCCCCACAUCCAGUUCCAGCUGGCCUACCAGCUCCUUCUCCAGCAGCAGCAGCAACAGCAGCAGCAGCAGCAGCAGCAGCAGACACCCCAGCAGCAGCUGCUCCAGAACCAGAGGAAGUUCCCCCAGAACGUCCGCCAGCAGGCCGACCCACAGCAGCUGGCCAGGAUCAUGGCCGUGCUCCGUCAGCAGCAGCAGCAGCAACAAGUCGGGGUUCUUGGGGGUGGCUCCAAGCUGUCCCCCUCCCACCUCGGCGUGGGAGUGGGCGGCCCUAAGCUCCCUGGCGUGGAGUCUCUGGGCCACGGCGGGCUGGGUGGCUCGGUGGCCGACAUGCACCCCAAGACCCACGGGGGCUACUCUGGGUUUGGCUCUGGGGUCAACCUGUCUGGCCUGGACAUAGGGGGCUCUGGGAUGGGCGGACACGGGGGGAUGAAGGACAUGGGGGGCCAGCAGUCUCGCUUCAAGUGGAUGAUGGAGGGCCACUCGCCGCCCGACUCGGUCACUCCCGAGAGCAUGCUCCACAAAAAUGGUCCUGUUACCCCUAUGAAGAUGCCCGGGGUUUCCCCUUACUCCCAGUACGACAUGAGCGGAGACCCCCUAGGGGACAACUGGCAUCGUACCCCUGGCAACAAGAUGGCAUCCAAGCCUGCCUCCACCACCAGCUGGCCUCCAGAGUUCCAGCCCGGCGUACCCUGGAAGGGAAUCGACCGGGUUGACCCUGAGUCUGACCCCUACAUGACCCCGGGGAGCAUGAUGGGCAACGCCAGCUCCCCGAACCUCAACGACUCGGACCACCAGUUGCUACAAGAUAAUGCAGAUUCUACCCCUUCCCUGAACACCUUGCUGCCUUCACCUGGUGCCUGGCCUUACAGUGCCUCAGACAGCCCCCUCAACAACGCACAUAAUUCAGUAAAGUACACAGAUUACAAGGCCAGCUGGCCCCCAGAGCCCAUUGGACACAACAAACCCUGGAAAGCUGGGAGCCGCAGCAGCCAGCUCAACCAGAACCAGCUGUCCCGCCCACCACCUGGCCUAGCCAGUCAGAAGCAGCCGAUGCCUUCGCCCUGGUCUGGGGGAGCCCCGCGGUUGUCUGCCAGGGGUUGGAGCUCGGGCAGCAGCGCGUCCACAUGGAGUGACGGCAGUGCACGAGGAAGCUGCUGGUUGGUGCUCAGUAAUCUCACGCCACAGAUCGACGGCUCCACCCUGAGGACCAUCUGCAUGCAGCACGGCCCCCUGCUGACCUUUCACCUGGGCUUGACCCACGGCACGGCCCUGAUCCGCUACAGCUCCAAACAGGAAGCGGCCAAGGCCCAGAGCGCGCUCCACAUGUGUGUCCUGGGCAACACCACCAUCCUGGCGGAGUUUGUGAGCGAGGAGGAGGUGGCCCGCUACAUUGCACAUUCCCAGGCAGGAGGAGGAGGAGGAGGCGGCAGCGGAGGGGGAGGAGCGGUCGGCUCCUCCGGCUCGGGCCCCAUCGGGUCUUCCUCCAUGGGGGGCAGCAGUAACGGCGAGAGAGGCGGAGGAUUAGAAGGAGGAUCUGCCCCGGGCGGAGGCUCGGGAGGCGGGAACGGAGGCCCCGGGGCCCCUGGCUCCGGGUGGCAGAGCCUCGACGGUACAGGCAGCUCACAAGACCCACCGGCCCCCCAGGGGCCCGGCCUGGGCAUGUUCGCGCCCUGGAGCACCAACGGGACGGUGGUGGGCGGCGGCGGCGGCAUGGAGAGCGGGCGGCAGGGUCUCUGGGGGGGCAUGGGCGGGUCGGGGUACUCCAGUGGCAGCCUGUGGGCCUCCUCGGCCAUGGACGACCGGCACCAGAUGGGGAGCCCGGCCGCACUGCUGCCAGGGGACCUGCUAGGGGGAGGCGGUGACUGAUACACUCACACACGUAUACACAAACAUGGUGUAAACCCUUGGUGUAACUUAAAGGUUUGUGAAUUUGUAAUUUAUUCACAUGAAUGGAUAACAUUGAAUUCCAACUACACUGGCCACUGAUGUUCAGAUACACUGUCUCUAUCGCACACAAAAACAAACACACACAUACACACACACACACACACACUUAUGUACACACACACACAAACGUUUAUGCACAAGUUAAUUUCCACAUACAUCUAUCCGCUUUACCUUUAAAAUGAAGACGUCAAACUAUCAAAACUUGAAGCUGAAAAUGGUAUAUAUAUCUAUAUAAAAAAAAAGGUCCUUCCAUACGGGCGGGAGAGAGACGACUGGAUAGCGCUUCUCUCCUACAUGCCGCUGCCGCCAUCUCCAUCCAGAGAGAGAGAGAGAGAGAGAGAGCCCACCACUCAGGCAUGUGCUCCACGGAACGACUCCAGCCACGAGUCGCCUGUGAACAAGUUCAGCUCGAGCUGUUUUUAGUGUGCCACAAAAUGUUUUGUAUUACUAUUUAAUGGUUGAAUCUCCACAACAGGAAAAAAAAAAAAUGAUUACACAACUUGCGGACUGAGCCUUCGUAGAUCUGGGUUUUUGGCGUGCCUGCGAGUUUUCUUCCCUAGCCCCUGCCCCCUGCCCUGCCCCGCCCCACCCCGCAUCCCUACCCCCGAGUUUUUAAGCCUGAGGGCUAGAAAGAAAAAGGAAUAAAAAGGAGGUAGGGGUGGGGACCAGAGUUUGGGGGUGGCGGGUGGGGUCUCAUAGGAACAUCGGCAGUACGCGACAGUGGCUGCGGCUUCCCCCACCCCCAUCCCCCUUAACCAAUGCUGCAGCAGCAUUUAUGCUAGGUACACACAUACACACAUCUACCUUGGUUGAGAUGGAUGGCAUCGCCAUGGCACCCAGGGUACAAAAACAAACAAAAAAAACAUUAGCCAAACUUGCACUGUUGAUGGCUCUGGGUACCGCGGGGACCCGUCGUGUGGAACUCCUUCCAUUUGUUGUUGUUUGGUGUUUCUUUUGUUGUUUUAAAUGGACCCAGAACUACACACAGCGACAUCGCUACUACUCAGACCUUUCCAGUGGGAGGUGAUUUAAAAUCAACAGAGGCCUUGGUCAAUGUCCCAGAACCCUUCCAACCCUAGUACCCGCAUCCCCCCCACCCUCCCCUCCCCGACUAUGAGAUGAACCGUGUCAGGUCAUUUGCAUUCUCACCAGUAACACUGCUCUUAAAAAAAAAAGAAAAAAAAAAAGUUGACAAGCUUAAUUUUUAUUUCCUGCUAAGCGUGUUGUCCAUUUGUUUAUCGUUUUAAGACGUAAAAUAACAUUGUGGAAUCCGAACCCCCCCCCCCUCCUCCUCCCCACACCCUUUACCUAUCCCCCACUUUUUCUUUGUCCCCCCCCCCCCCUCUUAAAACACUGACCUCAUAGGGUUACGUCGCCACCUAGUCUGUCACGUGAAGCGCCGUAACAUUGGCACUACUUCAUGUCACUUAAUUUGUUCUGUUUUUUAGCAGUUUAUUUUUUGUUUUUUGUCAAGGUUAUGUUCUGUUUUCUUUUGGUGUCCAAAUGCAAUAAAGAAUGUGUUUGAUUUAUUAUUUCAUUUUUUGUCUUCAUUAAGAAGCAACCAAUUUGAAGGCAUUUGUACGGAGAUGCCCGGAUGCGUACCCACACCGAGCUGAGCUGGAAAAAGGUGUUUUAUAGACACGUUUAAGACGUUACCUUAUGUUUUGUUAUUUUCUUUGUUUUUAUUUUAUGUAUCAAUUUAAAUUAAGUCUGUCUUUGUUAUCACUCCUGUUGAGGAUCUUUUUGUUUAUCUCAGAUGUUACAAAAAGGAAAGGAAAUUAUUUAAAGCAGAAAAGAACAAGAUAAUAAAGGUUGAAUUCAA